UUCAUAGCCAUUUCAAUGCGUAUAGUUCAAAAGUUUUUAAGAGGUCGCUGUAUACUUCGACCUUGCUUUGACUUUGUUGAAACGAAGUGUAUCGAUAGAAAAUAUUCCAAAGUGAUCGAAAGUUUUACUAAUAGAAACGUUGAACAAACUACAUUAACGUUGAGGAACAUUAAUAAUACGUUUCUUGUCUUAAGUACUAUUAUACCAAAUUUAACGUAUUCAACAUCAAAAGGCAUGGCACUGAAUAAACUCAGCAUUGAUAAAGUUGACCUUACAAAUAAACGAGUGCUUAUACGGGUAGAUUUCAAUGUACCUUUAAAAGAUGGUAAAAUCACCAAUAAUCAAAGAAUUGUUGCUGCUUUGGAUACAAUCAAAUAUGCUCUUUCAAAAAAAGCUAAGUCUGUUAUUUUAAUGUCACAUUUGGGACGUCCAGAUGGUAAAAAAGAUAUGAAGUAUACUAUAAAACCUGUAGCUGAUGAAUUAAAAUCUCUUCUUGGAAAGGAAGUUCUAUUCUUAAAUGAUUGUGUUGGAUCAGAGGUUGAAAAUGCAUGUGCUAAUCCAGAACCAGGAACCAUUAUCUUACUUGAAAAUUUGAGGUUUCAUAUAGAAGAAGAAGGUAAAGGAGUGGGAGAAGAUGGAAAGAAAAUAAAAGCAGAUAAAACAAAAGUAGACGAAUUUAGGAAAUCAUUGAGAAAAUUAGGAGAUGUUUAUGUUAAUGAUGCCUUUGGUACAGCUCAUCGUGCUCACAGUUCUAUGCUUGGUGAAGGAUAUGAAAUAAGAGCUAGUGGUUUUCUUUUAAAGAAAGAAUUAGAAUAUUUUGCCAAAGCAUUGGAGAAUCCUGAGAGACCAUUUUUAGCAAUAUUAGGAGGUGCUAAAGUUGCAGAUAAAAUACAGUUGAUUGAUAAUUUACUAGAUAAAGUUAAUGAAAUGAUAAUAGGUGGUGGAAUGGCUUAUACCUUUUUAAAAAUAUCGAAAAAUAUGAAGAUUGGUAAUUCAUUAUUUGAUGAGGAAGGAGCAAAAAUCAUUAAUAAUUUAUUGUCAAAAGCUGAGAAAAAUAAAGUCCAAAUACAUUUACCAGUUGAUUUUGUUACGGCAGAUAAAUUUGCAGAAAAUGCAACUGUUGGUGCAGCAGAUAUAGAAAGUGGUAUACCUGAUGGUUGGAUGGGACUUGAUGUUGGACCAAAAUCAAGAGAAUUAUUUAGUCAACCUAUUAAAAGAGCAAAAACAAUUGUAUGGAAUGGUCCAGCUGGUGUUUUUGAAUUUGAAAAUUUUAAUAAAGGCACUAAAAGUCUAAUGGAUAAUAUUGUUGAAGCGACAUCAAAAGGUGCUAUUUCUAUAAUUGGUGGUGGUGAUACAGCUACUUGCGUUGCUAAAUGGAAAACAGAAGAUAAAGUAAGCCAUGUUAGUACUGGUGGUGGUGCAAGUUUGGAAUUACUUGAAGGAAAAGUUUUACCAGGAGUUGCUGCUUUAUCUUCGUUGUAAUUUCUAGUUUAUUCGAUAUCAUCUACAUCUAUAGAUUUUGGUUAGAUGUCAAAAAUGUUAAUUUCAUUUAAUUAUUAAAUUAGCAAUAAUAUAAUAAUAAUAAAACAAAAAUGUUUAUUGUUAAUCUUGAUAAUAUAUAUUAUAUUGAUGUAAUUUAUAUUUAAAAAUAUCUUCAUCUCAUAUUUAUAUAUGAGAUACAUCGAUAUUCGUAAAUAAAACAAAAAUUUAAAAUAUAUUUAUGAUUAUAAAAAAAAAGACUAUACUAAGUACAGUAUUUACUAUUAACCAUUUCAUAUGUUAUUUUCUCAUGUAAUUAUUUUUUCUUUUUUUCUUUCUUGAAUAAUGUAUAUUUAAUGUUUCAUUUAAAAUUAUAAUUGUUAUUAUUAAAAAAUUCGAUUGCGGAAAAAAACACACGAAUAAUUGUACAAAAUACAUAUUGCACUUAAAUCGAAUUAGAAGAAAGAACAUAUUUAAAUAAGAUAACAAUAAAAUAUUCAAACAAUAUUUAAAAUAGAAGUAAAAUUUUACAAUUACUAUAAAUAAUUGUACAUGUAAAUUAAAGCGCUAGUAAUAUGACCAAAUUUUACUUUUCUCCAAUGCAAUAAUAAUUUAAAUUAUUUCUAGUAUA